AUGAGUAAACUGCAUCAUCAGAAUCACGGACCAAUGAAGGUCGUGCAUGUCAAGCGGCAACCACCCGUCCGGAUGUCACGCUUGUUCGAUGACUUCACAUCAACGUCCCAUGUACCUAUUCACCACAGCCGCCU